AUGUCUAUUUUGUUAUUCAGAUUUGUCCGCCUCCAAUGUUGUCCGGGAUACGAAAAGAUACCUGGAGAACCCGGAUGUACAGGAAGUAAACCUUUGGAUGACUUGGUCAAGACAGCCGAGAAUCUACGAUUGAAGCACUUCUCCCAAUUUGCCAGAAAGAAGAGUUUCCAAAGAAACCUAAAAAAGAACCAGGCGUACACGAUCUUCGUUCCUAGCGAUGAUGCUAUCUCAGAUAGCAUUCGGACAUCAGGAGUUGUGAGUGAGUCUACCGCAUUGUAUCACGUAGUCCCAGGUCGACUGAACUUCAGCGAUUUUGUGCGCACCCAGGAAUACAGAUCUGUAUUUCAAGAUGCCAAGAUCCGUGUAAACAAAUACCCGAAUGGGGUUGGCACUGUAAACUGCGCUCGGAUUUUACGUCCAAACAACGAAGCUAGCAACGGAAUAAUCCACAUCAUUGAUCAGGUUAGUCAAAACCUUCCUAAUAUUUAG